CCAGCCCCGGGACCCGGCCCCGCGGGGGGCGCCGCGGCUGCGGGGGGGCCGAAGAGUGGGGAGGAGCGGCUGAAAGAGAUGGAGGCGGAGAUGGCGCUGUUUGAGCAGGAGGUGCUGGGGGCCCCUGUCUCCCUGCCCUCUGGGGCUCCGGUGGUGGAGGCCGUCCCGGUAGCUCUGGCAGUGCCAACUGUGCCCACGGUGCCCCCAGUCCCAGUGAUCCGACCCAUCAUCGCCACCAACACCUAUCAACAGGUCCAGCAGAGCUUAGAAGCCCGAGCAGCUGCUGCAGCCACUGUCGUGGCCCCCAUCGUGGCCCCCCCGGUACCGUUCGUGGGACCAGUGAACUUCAGCGCUGGCGAGAGGUGCCGGAUCGACAGCCCCGAGAACCGAAGCCCCCUCUUCAUCCGCAGGGCAGUUGUCCCUCCACAGAGGCCUCCGAUCCUUCGACCAGCCUUUGUGCCUCACGUCCUGCAGAGAUCUGCUGGUGCUCCCAGGCCCUUGGCGAUGCGUCCGCCACACCACCCAGCCAUGGUGGGGCCCCCCAUGCCCGGUCCCCAGGGCCCACAGAUGAUGAUGGGGCCCCCCAUGCAGAGGCCUCCUGGCCCGCUCAUGGGGCCCAUAGGGCCGAUGAGAACUGGCCCACCGGUGGGACCUGGGGUCCCCAUCGGCCCGAUCACUCCUCUGAUGUCGGUUCCCCGCCCCCCCGUCGUGGCAGCUCCGAAGAUAAAUCCCAUGGUGAUCCAGGCAGCCCCCACGGUGUACUCUGCGCCGCCGGUGAAAAAGCAGGAGGAGGAGCUGCGGGAGCAGCCCCCACCAGUCGUGGUGGAGGAGAAGGAGCCAGGGGGGCUGGAGGAGGCUGUGAUUGGCCCCAGCAUGCCCGAGGUGGAGCCUGUGAUGCCAGAGGCCAGGGUGCUGCCUGCACUGCGUGGGCCUGAACUGGGUCCCAUACGAGGGCGCCGGCCCCGUGGCCCCGAACCCGGAUUUGCACCAAUGGAGCCCGUGGUGGAGCCCGUGGUCGAGGACAAAAAGAAAACGAGGCAGGAAAAGCUGAAGCGCUGCAUCCGCACGGCGGCCGGGAGCUGCUGGGAGGGCUCCAGCCUGCUGGAGUGGGACUCAGAUGACUUCCGGAUCUUCUGCGGGGACCUGGGCAACGAGGUGAACGACGACAUCCUGGCCCGGGCCUUCAGCCGCUACCCGUCCUUCCUCAAGGCCAAGGUGAUCCGGGACAAGCGCACCGGCAAGACCAAGGGCUACGGGUUCGUCAGCUUCAAGGACCCCAACGACUACGUCCGCGCCAUGCGUGAGAUGAACGGUAAAUACGUGGGCAGCCGCCCCAUCAAGCUGCGCAAGAGCAUGUGGAAGGAUCGCAACAUUGAUGUGGUGCGCAAGAAGCAGAAAGAGAAGAAGAAACUUGGACUAAGAUAGCCGGGGGGGGGGCUGCCCC